AAAGAAUUAUCACAACAACUGUUCACCGGUUCAUUAGGUGAAGAUGGCACAGUGGUGCAGCGAAAGAAUCGCCAGAGAUCCUGACCUCGGGUACUGUCUUUACAGAGUUUGUAUGUUCUCUCUGUGACUGUUUGUACGUUCUCUCUUUGAUUGAAAUUUUGAUGAAAGUUUCGCAGGUUUCCUCCCACAUUCUAAAGAUGUGCAGGUUUGUAGCUUAAUUGGUUUCUGUAAAUUGUCCAUAGUGUGAAGGAUUAAACUAGUGUACGAGUGGUUGCUGGCUGGCGUGGAUUCGGUGGGUCAAAGGGCCUGUUUCCACACUGUAUCUGUAAACUAAAUUAAAACUGAACACUAGGAACAAGGGGGAAAAAUCUCCAGUGCAAAGUUCAUGCAAAGUGCUACUCUAAAUAUCCGGUGAGAUCUUUCUUCAAAAUUCUUCCAUUGUACCUCACAGCUUUUCUAUGGAAGCAUGAUUGAAUCAACAGUUACUGGCGUACAAGUUAUGUUGGUCUUAUGUAAACUUUCAAAGUCUGAUUGUCUUUUCUGGGGGACAAUUUGCAACCUUGUCGUCGUCGUCUGUUAGGGUCUCCCAUGCUGAACAGGUCGAAGGGUAGAGGCGAGACAAAGAGUGAUCCACUGGUCCUCCAGGUUGGAGGUUAAGCACAUGGCUAACACCCCUGUCUCGUAAAACAAAUGUUACGGAAACAGCAAUUGGCAGGAGUGGAGGACCUUUGUUGCUGCCCUACAUGCCAGGAGGUAUAAUAGGCAGUAAGUAAGUAAUUUGGCAUGACACCAGUUUAAAUCGUAUGAGCUUGUCUGAACAAAAAAUAUUCUGCAUGUAAAGAUCAAGCCACAAACUUGUAUAUGUGAAAUUCUGAAUCCCCCGCAUUAAUUGGUAUGUUUAAAUAUUUCAUUUUCUAUUAUGCUGCAUUGAAAAAUGCAAAUAUUUUUCAUGCAACUUUGCUUAAAAAGUUACCAGUUUAGCCACACUAAAUGUUUCUUUAGCAUACUCAAUCUAUAUUUGUGGUAAAGAUCAGAGUCGUGACGUACAAAAAUUAUACCAAUCACAUGUGCCCAAUGCCUUUGCAUAAAAGCCAAGAGGAAUUAGUGGUCUAACAAAACUUGCAACAAUUAUACUCGGCUGCCUUCAAACAUUGUAUCUUUGUAUGUAAAGAAACGGAUCAUCUGAUGAUUUACAAGAAAUAAUAGGUUGAGCUGCGUUGUGGUUGCUGAGAGUUUCAUGGUCCAGCUGGUGACUACGGUGACAUGGAGACAUCAUUUUACAUUAUCCUACAGCUGUUAAUACCUUUUGCAGGUAUGAGACCCAAGUGUAAUACUUUAUACAGAAUUUGAUUUCACCAAGCAAAUGGAGAUUGCUGAUGUUGGAACCUAGAAUUGAAAAAAGAGUACUGAAAGAACUUGGUGAUCAAGGCAAAAAGUCUGUACACAAGACAAAUAAUGAUUUACAACAACCUGAUACCCUUACCAUCGCAAAAGGACAUUCGAUCUCAUUACAUUGUUCCUAUUCCAUGCAUUAUCUAUCAAGAUUUACAGUAAAGUGGUUUUUAUGCAAUGAUAGCCCAUAUUCUUCAACGAUAAUCGCAAACCUAUCUACCGAUAAACCUUGGGUUUCUCAUUCUCGAUAUUGCGUAAGGCAUAAUUCUACAUUGAAGGCAUUCAUCUUAACAAUUAUCGAUGUUCAAGUCAGUGACAAUGGAAUCUACUGCUGUGAGGUGAUUCGGUUGGCACCACCGCCAACUUUAACAGGCAAUGGAAAUGGCACCCUACUGAAUGUAACUGCUUGUCCUUCUUUUCGGCUCAUGGAAUCUUACGACAAGAUUUCUUCUUCACCAUCAAUUAUCAUUACAUGCUUAGCAUAUGGGUUUUAUCCAAAUAUUAUUACAUUUUGGAUACAACCAACCUGUCUCACCUACAGGCUCAUCAGUACAAGCAACUCAACCAAUCCCAAUGGAACCUAUAACUACAAUGCAACGUUUAGCAUCUCCACAGAAAAUUGCUCCAACUCCACUGAAUUCAUGUGUGUAGUUCAACAUCCAGCAUCACAGACCGAGCUAAAUGUUACUAUCAUCAUAGAUGUUCAUACAGUUGCUCAAGAUCAUAAAUGGAGUACCUGGAUUUCCAUUUUACUUUCCAUAAGUGGAGGAACAGCUUGCCUUUUCCCUCUUGUGCUCUUCCUUAUAAAAUGUGCAUGCAAAAGGAAAGGAAUGCAAGAGCAAACAAGAAUUCAAAGUAAUCGAACUUUGAACCUUGAAUGGAAUAACAUGAAUGAAACCAAUGAGGAAGAGAUCUGCUAUGCCAAACUGCAAUGGGCAAUGACACGGAGAGCUAGAAAGGAGGAGGAGGAGGAGGAGACUGUGUACAGCCCGGUUCUUCAGUGGAAGACUAAUGGAGAGGGCAGCUGCAAAUAAUGAAACCAUUCAAUACAAAUAAACGUGCUUGAAUAAACCUUGGAUCAAACCUUUGCAUCCAAAUCUUCCUAUGUGAUCAUUCUCAAUGUAUUUCUCUUAAUUCUGUUUACUUUGUUGAUUAGAUGCAAUUCAUGUUUGUAGGUUUUCCAACAUUCCUCUUUGAGCUGUGCUUGGGUGAAUAUUUUGCCUGUUUUGUAUGAGCUGCCUUUGAGCUCCUUUCACCUUUAUGGAAGUUCUAGUUUUGUCAUCAGUGGUGUCCCAGUGUCAUGUAUUAUUAUGUGCAAGCAUACAAUCAUGUGCAUGUAACCUAAAACAAUGAUUAUUUUAGCCACUGUGUAAAUAUUUUUUUUAAGAAUCUUUAAAACCAAGUAUCUAAGUGCUUCAGCUAGAAUUAAAUAUAAAUCCUAACAAGGACCA